AUGGGUAAUAAAGGUGCUAAAGGCAAAAAAACUUCUACUGAACUUACAGCAAGAGAAAUUACUAUGCUUAAAGCGAAUACUAAAUAUAGUGAAAAAGAGAUUCGUGAAUGGCAUGCUGGUUUUCUUCGUGAUUGUCCAAGUGGUAAACUCGAUAAAAAGAAAUUUGUUGAAGUAUACAAAACUUUUUAUCCACAAGGCAAAGCUGAUAAUUUUUGCAAAUAUGCAUUUGCUACAUUCGAUACAAAUCAUGAUGGUUCUAUUGAUUUCGAUGAAUUUAUUUUAGCGAUUUCUGUUUCAAGUCAAGGAGAUUUAGAUGAUCGACUUGAACUUGCAUUUGAUAUGUAUGAUGUAUCAGGUGAUGGACAAAUUGAUCAAAAAGAAUUAGCUGCUUUGAUUUCCGCUAUGUAUGAUCUUGUUGGUGAAACCGAUCGUAAAGGUGAUCGUGAACCAAAGAAACGUGCUGCAGAAAUUAUUGCUAAAAUCGAUGUUGGUGGUGAUAAAAAAUUAAAUAAACAAGAAUUUAUUGCUGGAUGUAAAAAUGAUCCACUUAUUCGUCGUUUACUUGCACCAAAUGUAUAG